GACAUCGAGUCUCCAAAGUGACUGGAAAUAAAGUGAGGAGCGGAAAAAAGGAAGACAAUCUAAUGGGAUGAGGAAGGAAGAACAAAGGAAGAAGGGCAUCACUAAAAGGGACUGUGCCAGGGCACCACCGCACCGUGCCGGCUAUUGUGCCAGUCUGGAGCACGGUCACACAGCUGCGGUGACUGCCAUAGCCGCUCCGGGGACGCUCCGGCUGCAGUCCGUUGAUUCGGGGCUUUUCAGUCCGUGUCCCGUGUCUCGGAUGGAGGUGACAGGAAAGUGACUGAAAGUUCUUGUGCCCCUCGCGGAGGAGAAGGUGACAGCCCCCGGGCAGCAGCAGCAGCUGUGUCGGCUCUGUCCUGCUCGCUCAGCCCUUUGUGUCUGGAAAGAGAAAGGGCAGGGGGGGUGGCUAGAAAGGAGCUAACGGGUCUGGAAGUGGGGACAUUGCCAGGAAAUUCGGAGAGCAUCCGGCACCGCACACACUCGGGAAGAAGUGACGGCAGAGACAUGAGAGACACGGACAUGGACAAGGAGAGCGCGAAAUGAAUAAUUUGGGCUCUGAGAAGGCCAGACAUUGCCCUUGUGGAGCCUAAGGAAGGAGCUAUUGUAACUUAUGCUGUGCUCACAUCUAUCAAGGAAAUCGUGACUUCAUUCUUAUUUUCUUCUUUGUCAUUAUUUUUCUGAAAUCUUUACUUCACAAAUGUCUUCUACUACUAACAGGGAACAGCCUAUUUUCAGCACCCGAGCCCAUGUCUUUCAAAUUGAUCCUGUAACCAAAAAGAACUGGAUUCCAGCCAGCAAACAUGCUGCUACUGUAUCAUACUUCUUUGAUGCCACUAGAAAUGUGUAUCGGAUUAUUAGUGUUGGUGGCACCAAGGCUAUUAUCAAUAGCACUAUUACCCCAAAUAUGACCUUCACCAAGACUUCACAGAAAUUUGGUCAAUGGGCUGACAGUCGAGCAAACACAGUAUAUGGUCUGGGCUUUGCUUCGGAGCAGAACUUGUCCCAGUUUGCAGAAAAGUUCCAGGAAGUAAGAGAGGCUGCCCGACUGGCAAGAGAGAAAUCUCAGGAUAAAACUGAACUGACAAAUCCAGCUCUUAAUAUCACUGCCCAGCAAAUAUUACCCUCUCCAAUUAUCAGUGCCAAUGGACCAGGAGAUGACAAGUUUUUCAGGAGCCAGAGUGCAGAGAUGGAGCUCAAUACAGAGCGAGAACGGGUAAAGAAGAUGUUGUCAGAAGGAUCUGUGUGUGAGGUCCAAUGGGAAGCUGAGUUUUUCAGUCUUCAGGACAACAACAACAAGUUGGUUGCUGCUUUGCGGGAAGCAAACGCCAAUGUGGAGAAGUGGAAAAAGCAGCUGGCUGGAUAUCAGGAGGAGGCAGAGAAAUUACGUCAAAGGGUGACAGAGCUGGAGACACAGUCUACUACAGUGUCUGCCACAGAACCGGAAAAUGAACUGUCUGAGCGACUAAGAGACCUUGAGACUCUACUUAAGAACAAAGAAGAGGAGAUUCAUCAACUGAAAGGACAGAGACCUGACCUUACUGAGCUGGAGAAUGAAAGAGAUGAACUAGUAAAGAAAUUACAAGAACUGGAGGAUCGAAACCAAGAACUGGAGAAAGAGCUGCAGAAGGCGGAGCAGAGUUUGAAAGAUACACACUUGGAAAGAGACAGGGUACGGGAAGAAAUCAGCAGAGCCGGGGAUGAGCUGGAUAUAAAAAUCUGUCAGCUCAAUGAAUUGCGCUUGGGGCUCUCCCAACUUCUAGAAGGAAACUGAAGGAUGGAUGGUUGGCCUCUGACUAAACUAUUGAUUAUGAUUGUAUUACGACUGGGAUUGGGGGUGGCAGCUGGACCAUACCUUAUACCUAGUGAGAGACAGAUGAGCCUGGCGUAUACCAGUCUCCACUUGUCAUUCUAUUUACUGGCUUUAUGUCUGUAAAUACUGUUAGUUGUCUAGUUCAGGCAGCUGUGGAGGUAUAAAAACCAGGUCCAAGUCCAGCAUACUUUCUAGCCAUUACCUAUACUUCCGCUGCAAAUCUAAAUGAAUAUAGAAUUUUUCCUUUUCUCUGCAGUUUGUACCACUUUCUAACUAGGAACAAAAGCCAUGAAACAAAACCAAAAGUAACAUGUGGACUGUGCACCAGAUAAGAUGGAGGUCUAUGUAAUAAAAUAACUAUUCCCUAUGGUGAGAGACAUUGACAGAAUACAUUCACUGUGCAUUUCCAUGUUAUAGACCAGCUUUAUCAGGGCAAAAAAACUACAUAAAAUCCCACAAAAAUCUGGGACCAGCUAUGUCAAUGCCUUAAAAAAUAUAUAACUGGACUGUUAUCUUUCCCUGACAACUGAACAUGCAUAGACACUGGUAUUGUAUCCUAGACAGUUUCAUUAAAGGUACUUAUCAAAAGGGUAGAGGAUAAUAAUAUUAACUGCAUUGUAAUCAGACUUGGACACACAUCUCAAUGGCUUUGGCUUUCAGGGAUAAUCCUUCUUAGGUAUAGCUAUAAUAUGAAAUGAAUUUAAGAGAAUUAAAAAUGGCCAUACUAACAUUAUGGUUUCGGGAUACUAGCCUAGCACAUGCCAUCACUUCUGCUCACAGAAAUUACUACCCACAGGGUGGUGGUUUCAGAUACCUCUGCAAAUUAGCAUAUAAGAAUAGAAAUCCAUAUUGUCAUCAGCAGUGGGGUCAUACAAGAUGUACAGUCAGUGUUACAUGUACAGAAUAUCAGCAUAUCUGGUUAUGUGUUGUAACGAUAGCAAUGCAGAACACUUAUCUUCAAAUAGGCAAGCAUUUUAUAGUGAGGUGUGGAAAAUACAGGUAAACUGAUGUCUCUUUUCUGGCCACUCUGUAAAAUAUUCAUGUCAUGCACAUUUAAGGACAUUUGUCAUGGGGCUACAACUCAGUGCCCCGUGUUACCUCCCUACAAUAUCUGGCCAAAGUACUACUAACCAGAAUACAUUGUACAUUUUAUACAUAGUUCAGGCACUUUCCGAAUAUUGUUCUAGAUGCAGCUGUCUCACUCCCUCCCCCCCAUUUUAGCCACAUCUGUGCUGGUAUCAGAGCUUGGAGAAUGUGUGUUUUAUAGCGGUAAUAGUCCUUUAGACAUUCGAUUAAUCACCAAUGAAGAAAGUGAUAUGAGAACCAGCCGCUUGUGCCAACAUUCUGCCACACAUUCAAGUACAGCUUCUCUGCAGUCAUUUAUUUUCUACUGUACAUGCGGCCUUAAACUGUCUUUUUUAAGACUUUGGGGUGAACUUAAGAGUAUUCCAGGAAAAAAAAUGAUGAUGAUAUAUUGCAGUGGGCCCAUUCACUUUAGAAGAUAGCCACUAUGUUUGGUUAAUUUCCCGAUUGUAUAGGGUGGGCCAUUUAUAUGGAUACACCUUAAUAAAAUGGGAAUGGUUGGUGAUAUUAACUUCC